CGCCAAUAGAAGUUAGUUGAUCUGAAAGGUGUUAUCACCACCACCAGCCCCCUUCCCUUUGACUCUCUCUCUCUCUCCCUCUCCCUCUCGCUAUCUCCGUUCUCAUUUCUCAACAGCAUUGGCUUUGGCUCAUUCAUGAAGUGUUUCCAUUUCACCAACGGAGAGAAGCGCGACGACGAUGACGCUAGCGUCACUGGCGCCGGCUCCAGCGUCGUUUCCAGGGUCUCCAAGGUGUCUUGGGCUCGCUCGCUCAGUGUUGCCUCCAGCAGCCUCGACAGCACUCGCCGCUCCGAGUUCGACUCCGACUCCAGGGACCUUUCUGACUCUGUUGGGUUCUACGAGUUUCUGAGUCUGCGUAGAGCCAAUGAUCUGCGGGUGUUCACGUUCUCCGAGCUCAAAUCGGCCACCAGAGGGUUCAGUAGGGCCUUGUUGAUUGGGGAGGGAGGUUUUGGCUGCGUUUACAGAGGAGUUGUUAGGGUUCCGGGGUCGGAUAUUGAGAUUGACGAUGAUGCCGUUCCCUGUAAGAUUGAUGUUGCGAUCAAACAGUUGAAUCGUAGUGGCUUCCAGGGGCAUAAAGAAUGGAUAAAUGAAGUGAACUUUUUAGGUGUUGUGAAGCAUCCAAAUCUUGUGAAGCUAGUUGGAUAUUGUGCGGAAGAUGAUGAAAGAGGGAUUCAGAGACUUUUGGUCUACGAGCUCAUGCCUAAAAAAAGCUUAGAAGAUCAUCUGUUGGCUCGAAUGCCGUCAACUCUUCCAUGGGUUACAAGAUUAAAAAUUGCCCAGGAUGCUGCCCGUGGAUUGGCAUACCUUCAUGAAGAAAUGGAUUUUCAGCUAAUAUUCCGGGAUUUCAAAACUUCAAAUAUUUUGCUGGAUGAGGACUUUAGUGCAAAACUUUCUGACUUUGGACUAGCAAGACAGGGGCCUCCUGAAGGAAUUAGUCAUGUUUCCACAUCAGUUGUGGGCACGGUAGGCUAUGCAGCUCCAGAGUAUGUUCAGACCGGGAAGUUGACUGCUAAGAGUGACGUAUGGAGCUUUGGUGUGGUUCUUUACGAGCUCAUUACAGGAAGGCGAGCCGUUGAGAGAAACCUUCCCCGGAGUGAACAAAAGCUUUUAGAAUGGGUGAAACCUUAUGUUUCAGACUCAAAGAAAUUUCACCUUAUUAUUGACCCUCGACUUGAAGGAGACUUUUGCAUUAAAUCAGCUCAGAAACUUGCUUCAUUAGCCAACAAGUGUUUACUAAAGCAGCCAAAAUCUCGCCCUAAAAUGAGUGAGGUGGUUGAGAUUCUUGGAAACAUUAUAAAUGAAACUACAUCUCAAGAAGUUACUGCUCAAGAAGUUGCUGCUCCACAAGCAGUCAGUGAAACUGAAGAACCAGAGGAAGAAACUGUAGUGGAAUCUGAACCCGUGUCCACCAAACAAGGAAACAAUUAUCUAAAGAAAGUGUUUGAUAUAAGAGAAAUGGUCAACUUAAGAACCAAAUCCAUUGGCAAGUUUGAUUGGAGAAAUUGGAGUCCUGGGUUAGUAAGAACUUCAUAAAAUGUCAAGCACAACCUCUGGCGGUAAAGGAAAAAAGAAGUCAUAUAGCCAUUUCUCUUUCCAUGCGAUGAUACAUCCCACACAUGUAUCACUUAAUAUGGUUUCAGUCAGAAAUGAAUGUGUAGAUAUGUGCUAUUCCUCAAAAACUCAUUGAAGAUGUCUUCUUUCUGUUCCUUACUCUUUGGCUGUAGAGUUAUAUAGUCUUUGUAGAUAUACACAUAUUGGUGAGCGAACCUGCAUUUUUUUAAGCCAUGCAAUAGCUUAGUAGUCGAGGGUUGCGUUUGCUGAGUCCUUAUGUGGGUUCAAUUAUACUUGUAGCAGAUGUAGACAGUUGAUGAGUAAGUAUACUCAGUGAGCAAUGUGGAGAAACUUAAUUGGAGUUUUCAGAAGAGAUUUUAGCCGCAACAUAUACUGUUGGUGUGGACUUUAUAAUCGAUUGUUCGUGCUCUGUUUUUGUCUAUAACAUUAAAAGAUUUGGUAGGACCAGGACGAUCAUCCUACGUAGGAUUUGAGUAGAUUAAAUUAAAUGUAUUUCACAAUUUUUUUUGUUUGGUUUCUGUUUUAGUAAUUUGUUUGGAUAGACAAUAGUGAAAUUUGAUGGAAUCCCAUACUAUUGUAACGUGUACUACUUUAUGAUUAGUAAAGAGGAAAGUGGUGGGGGCAGGGUUGUGUUGGGAUCAAAGUAUAUUCAAGUAUAGACAGCUUUCAUGGUCCAUAGAUCCUUAAAACU